AUGGAGAAAGGCACCAGCUUAGAGAACAAGCGAUUGCCAGCAUUCACUGCUCGACGCCUGACACAGACUACUUUCUUGAUCGUCGAAUGGGAUGACAUCUUCAAUGAACACCCAUUCAUCUAUGCCAAGGUAGUUCCAUCCGCUAAGACCAUCCUCAUCAUGGACACAGGAUGUGGUGGGGCUACGCAUAAUCCACAGAUCGGUCUGAAGAGCUUAAGAGAGUUCAUCGAGACCGUCGCUGUUCCUGAUAACAACGGAAAGCCUCUCAAUGAAGGAGGGAAGAUGAAGUAUAUCGUGGUGGAAAGCCAUUGUCAUUACGAUCAUAUCCUUGGUGUGGAACAAUUCGCCGCCGACAGCCCUAUUAUCGGCUCAGGCCAUUCGCCUGCCUUCGUCUCUCCCGAGAACUUCCCUGCAAACUCGGAAUGCAAUGCUCUGGGCUUACGAGCCCCAAUUUAUGAGCUUACUCUGAUUACCUCAUCUUCAGUCUUGCAUACCCCCGGGCACACGCCCGACGAGCUUGCUUUGUGGGAUGCAGACGAGAAAAUGCUAUACGCCGGGGACACUCUAUAUGAAGACGACCCCAUCAUCUUUCCAAGCGGGGGAUCUUUGCCCGUGUGGUUCUCUACCAUUGAUCAACUCAUCGAGCUCGUAAAGGCGCAACCCGAUUCUGAAAAUGUGAUGAUCAACUGCGGGCACGCUACUGCUCUCCGUCCUGCACUCGAGGUGCUCAGGACAUGUAGGAAGUUCAUGGAAAAUGUCGUCUCUGGGACUUGGUGUGUGGAAUUCAAGGAGGACAAGGGUCGGUUCUCUUUGAUUUGUCCCGAGAGGUUGGUGCUUGAAGCAAAGGGUGAAGCAGUAGCGUGA